AUGAGAGAUGGGCCCGUCAUCAGCAUCGAAAAUUACACCAUAUACUGCGGCGAUGCUGAUGAGAACAAAGUACGUGGCGGCGCGAUAGCUGUGAGGAACGGUUACAAGAACCUGGUGGAGGAAUUCAAAUCAACGUCUCCAGAUGCGCCUUUGUACGACUGCGGUAAGGACAGUAAGGACGCCUUCGAUGAUGAACUCAGUGCGUUGAUAUCUAAAGUACCAAACCAGCAGCUGGUCAUUGUCCGAAUCGAUGCAGAUGAGAAGAUGAGAAUCGAACAGCAAUCCGACGUGCUAGGAAAAUGGUAUUAUCCAGUGGGGCGCACGUCGGACAACGGUGACCGCCUGGUCGACUUAUGCAAACAGAGGGACCUCAUCAUCACUUCCACGUUUAAGAGGAAUCAUCGACGUCAUCAGCUCACGUGGCAGGUGUCAACCGUUUUAACGUCUGAAGAGCAGCGCAAGCGGAAUAUGAGGACUCUUAAACUUCAGCUCGACUAUGUUCUAGCGAGGAACAUUCCUCAGUCAGAUGUACGGAAAUCUAGAGCUGUUUGGGACGUCUCGUUCUACUCUGACCACCGUCCAGUUCAUCUCAGCCUCAAGAUACGGUUCCACAAGAGAAAUCGAGGAGUUCUUCUCCAACCGAAAAUCAACAUGGCAGAUCUGAAAGACGAAGAAUGCAGAAAGAAAUCCCGCCAACGCGUGUCUAUUCAUGUUGGAGUACGGACCAGGAAGAAGCUUAGCGAUGCGGAUUUCUUCAAAAAGAGCAUCCAGGACGCUGCAAAGGAAACGCUCCAGUUCUAUUGCCGCGAAAGAAGUUUGCUUUUGCAUCGGAAACCGAAUCCACGUACAAUUCUAAGGAAGCUGCGUCGUCAACUGCAACAAGACCGCGAUAACGAGUGGAGUUCAAGAGCGAUGGAGUUUGAGAAGGCGUGGGAGGACAGGAACCCGCGGAAAGCCUAUGCUCUACAAAAACAGUACAGCAGCAAAAUGAAAAGAUGUUCUUCUGUCCUCAACACUGCCAAUGGAGUAGCUGUCGGUGGAGCAACCCUUCCAAUUUGGAGGGAACAUUUCAAGACCUUGCUAAACCGGCAAGCACCGUCAAGUCCUGAACUCGAGUGCGUUCAUAGGCUGACAUAUGCGGUUAACGAGGAGCCACCGACCGAGUCGGAGGUUCUAGUCUGUAUUCAAAAAAUGAAGAAUGGAAAAUCUGGUGGAGACGAUGUGAUUAGCGCAGAAAUGCUAAAAUAUCUUCCUCCGUUGGGAUUCGAAUUACCUAGGAAUCUCUUUGCUGCGUGUUAUGUACAAGGUACUGGAGGAUUAUCCUUGACCGACUCACUAAACAUUGCGAAGAAACAACGUGCGACGAGCAAGCUGGCUUUCGUCCUGGCCGAUCUACGAUUGACCAGCCGCGUUCGACUGUACUUACCGAAGCCGUCUUCUCAACGUGCACGCGCCGAUGAAGUGCCAGGAAAGUUCGUUCGCUUGCUUGAUGACAUGAAUCAACGAACAACUGCUGCAGUUCGAACACCAGCCGGGUGUACAACACCGUUUGAGGUGGUAACUGGAGUAAGACAAGAGGCAGUGGCAGGACCCUUCCUGCUCAAUUUCGCCAUCGAAGACACUAUGCUAAGAACAGUGGAUCGGUGUCUUGCCGAUAUCAUUCUAGGACCAUCAGGACGCUCCUUGACCGAUCUCGAGUACGCCGACGAUGUUGUUAUAUUCGCAGAAAGCAAUACGAAAGUUUAA